AUGGAAAAACAAGUGAUGGCAAUUCAGCUAGAGAAUCUGGUGCAGUCUAUCAAAUCAAAAGUUAGAGCCUUGAAGAAGUCCAAGAAACCAUACGUCAAGAUGGACAAGAGUGCAAGUGUUAGGGUUGAGAUCCGUAGCAGAAAAGCAAGAAAACUUAUUGAUAAGACUCUUCAAGUUGCUGAUCGUCCUGGAAAACGCACCAUUACUUAG